CACAGCACCUACGAGUCAACAUCUUGGGUUAAACAGACCCACUUCACUCGGAGGCAGCUGACAGGGCCACGGACACACAGACACAGGACUGUUACAGUUAGAUAUUUCAUUUAGUUCUAGGUAUGAAUGCCAACGAGGAAGCUGCAAUGAAGGAGUCCAGAAGACGAGAGCGUCAGAUGGGUUCAAGCAAGCAUGGUUUACAUGAUGUUGAAGCUCUGGAGAGUCCGGACUCUGACAUUGGCUUGUGUGGCUGGCUGUUGGUCGGGCUCUCCAUCCUUCUCAUGCUGGUUACCCUGCCCAUCUCCAUAUGGAUGUGCAUUAAGAUUGUGAAGGAGUAUGAGCGAGCCAUUAUCUUUCGCCUGGGGCGCAUUUUGCGAGGAGGAGCCAAAGGACCAGGGUUGUUCUUCAUCUUGCCGUGCACUGACAGCUUUAUUAACGUGGACAUGCGCACCAUCACCUUCGAUAUCCCACCGCAAGAGGUUUUGACCAAAGACUCCGUGACAGUGAGUGUGGAUGGUGUGGUGUACUACCGGGUCCAGAAUGCUACUCUGGCUGUGGCUAACAUCACGAACGCCGAUGCUGCUACUCGACUCUUGGCCCAGACCACCCUGAGGAACGUCCUGGGUACCAAGAACCUGUCGGAGAUCCUGUCUGACCGUGAAGAAAUUGCACACAGUAUGCAGUCCACUCUGGAUGACGCAACAGAUGACUGGGGGAUCAAGGUGGAGCGGGUGGAGAUCAAGGACGUCAAGCUGCCCCAUCAGCUCCAGAGAGCCAUGGCAGCCGAGGCUGAGGCCAGCCGCGAGGCCAGAGCUAAGGUCAUAGCAGCAGAGGGAGAGAUGAACGCAUCGCGGGCGCUGAAGGAGGCCUCCCUGGUGAUUGCCGAGUCUCCGUCGGCCCUGCAGCUCCGCUACCUCCAGACCCUCAACACCAUCGCUGCCGAGAAGAACUCCACCAUCAUCUUCCCGCUGCCGCUGGAGAUGAUGCAGGGCUUCAUCAAGCACUGAGGAGUCCUCAUACGCAUGGUUCACACGUACACACUCACACAACACACAUGAUUUACACACACAUGUUUAAACCCUGUAUCCACUAAGCAUGUCUCUUUCAAUCAGCAGUGCUAACACAACGGCUUAGGAAAUUGUUAUUGUGGCUCAUGACGCUCCGAGCUGUCUCCCAAAAACUAGUGCUGACCAACACCAACUGUUAAAACUCUUGUUAUCGCCUCACCAUCUUUGCAUUUGAACACACCACAGACAGCAAGCCUGCAUGCAAACAUGCAUGUGUUGCAUCAGCGUGAGAGGAAAUAACUCCACAUCAGGAUGCAGCAGCUGUCUGGAUUAUUGAUCUAAGAAGGAAAACUGACACACAAGCUAACUGACACACAAGCUAACUGACCAUUUUCUGUCCUCUGGCUCUUAUUAUUAAUUAUUUCAUUCCAAAUCGCCGUUUCUUUGCAAAAAUAAUCUUUUAGUUCAGUCAGAAAGCUUUAGCAGAUGAGCACAGGUGUCACGUGUGUGCUUCGCUCACAUCUGUUUCUCUUCUCGUGCACUGAUCUGUCAGGCUGAACAGUCAGAGAGCUCUCUGUCACCAGCUGCUGAUUCAGCGUGCUCCGUUCACUGAACGGCCACUGACGAGGGUCAGCCAGAGCCGACGGUGCCAAACACACAGCUAAAUCUACACCAGUUAGAUUGGUGUCUUGCCAAGAACUGACCAAAGCAGGUGCUGUACAGUAUUUAGAUUUGUUAUUCUCUAAAAAGCCAUAGUGCAGCAGGUGGUUUAGCUUUUAUGCUGCAGUUUUAUUUUUGUCUUUAUUUUAUGCUACAAAUGUAGAAAUCAAGGUUUCCUGACUGUCAGGCCCAAAACUUCUCACCAUCCAUUUUACAAACACUUUAAAGGAAAGUGCCAGCUGGAUAUGCAGACUUACACCUACACACACACGCAUCCUUGUAUUUGUAUAACUAUUAUCUCCUGAUAAUGUGGCACUGCUGCGACCACUGCCAGUAUCACAGUGCCGUUAUCAUUUUAUACCAAAAAUUAUUUUCAUGAUGUCCACAUGAAAGCUGUAAUGGCCUGAUCGCCAAUCCCCAAAACCUAACUGAAUGUUUUUUAGAUGUUCGCUGUGCCAUUGCAUGUUUGCACUGAACCUUAGUGUGAAACUCACUCUAACCUCAGCACGUACAGUAGAUGCUGCACUGUACUUCAUUUAUUGCUCCCUCGCUUUUUUUUUUUGUUUUUUUUUUACUUUGAUCAGAAGCAUCAAAGGAAGAAACAAUGACAUGCUGGUAUAAAGAUCCUCUUUGCCUUUUUACAACGUUAAGUGUUGUAAAAACAGCAAAUAUGUGAACUGUUUGGGUUUUGAGAGGUGUGAGAUGGCUGCACGCGAAAGCUGUGAUGAUGAAAUCUUUGAGGUUUGCGUUUGGUGUAAUUUAUCACAUACUAACACACACCAGAGGUAUGCAGAAGUCGUAAAAUGGCCCCUUCAGAGAGCAUGAUUGGCCAGUGAUAUACAAACACCCACACACACACACACACACAUUCGACUCUGUUAAACACCUGUUCUCUUGUAGCUGUUGUCUCAGAUCACAAGCUAAAACGUCACUGAGAGGUGGCUAACAGUUUUUCAUUCUUGUUGGUUGUUACACUGGAUGUUACUGUUACUGCUACUGUUUACAGUGUUUUUCAUUCAUACCCAGUUUAUGUUGUAUUCAUGGUGGUGGACAAAGUAUUAGGAACACUACAAAUUAACAGAAAGUUGACUCCGCAUCCCUCACACACAGUGAAAAAGUGAGAACCUUAUCAGCCACACAGGUGGUGUGUGUCAUUGUGUGUAAGGCGGUGGCUGGAAGUCGUCCUGUUAUUUUGUUCACCCAGCGCCCCCCCCCCCCCCCCCCCCUGCCCGUCUGGCUUCAUUAGUCCACUUAGGAGGAGCAGGGACUGAAACCUAUCGCAACUCUUUCAGCCAGAAGCCUUAAACUUACUGCCAUCCAUUCAUUUUACAGUCUAAUAUCACAUUUCUAUGCACUUCAAAAUGAAAAUAACUGAUGGAUUUUAUGUACCUAUUUUUUUUUUUUAAACAGCAGUAUUUUAUCAAAUAAUCUCUUUCUGGGUAUAAUACAAGCCAAAUAGUAUGUAGUUGUUAUAGUGUCUCUAUAUAUAUUUCCUCCUUUUGAAAUAUGAAGGACAGAAAUACAUUACAGUAUCUAGUCUGUGUCUGACGUAGUAGUGGUACUAUAUAUGUGUAUAUUCACAUAUAUAUGUGUGUAUAAUUACAGUCCUGUGAAGUCUAUUAUAGUUUUGCUGUUGCUAGUUGGAGGGUUCACGUUUGUCACAACUGACCCCAGGUUUAAUGUGGUGUAGAUAUUUGAUAGCUAGAUAUAGAUAGUAAAAUCUGUUACAUUAUUUUACUACACUAACUGCUCUAUAUUUGAUUUAUUGCUAGAACAGAGAGAUUUUAUUUUGCUACAGCUGCCUGGCAAAUAAGCUUUUCACUGUGGGACCCAUGAAGUGUGAAUUCAGACCUGCUCUAAGCUGCGUUUAAAAUCUGUUACAGAAAGAGGAGAGGUGGUUACAUACACUCACAGCACGACCACAUUGUGUUUCUGAUGUAAGUAGCUGCUCUGCGUCUACUGUCUGACUUCUGUAAUCGAAGAGAGAAAAACCCCUCUUAUUAAAGUGGAGUUCCUCAGAUUCUGCCUUGUUCUAAAAGAUGUUAGACACAUCAGUAUUCUUAAAGUUUUAUUCAGGAUUUAUGGUUAUGUUAGUUUUUGCAGCUAACUGCUUUUUUUGUACAGUUUGCUAAUAUUUGAUAUGGUUUUAUCUUGACAUAAUACUUAUAUAUAAAGACUUUAAAUAAAGAUGCUAUCAACAUAACUUUUUCUAUGGAUUUCAUUCUUUCAGGACAGCGCCGCAAGCAAGUUUUUUUUAAAAGUAGAGACGUAACACUUUAACAUGUCUAAUUUGGUUUUAUUGAAAUGAUAACAAGGCUUAGGGAAACCUCAGAAAGUCUCACAGAGGACGUAACUGGUUUGUAAAGCAGCAAAGCGUCGGUUUCCCAAGGUUGGCCACUGCGGCAUCACACAAGCUUCCUGGGCAUAAAUCUGGCAUUUAAAAAAAAAUAAAAUAAAUAUCAUAAGUGACAUCUAAACAAAGGCUACAAACAACUUGUCUAAAAAGGCAUCCUUAAACCAGAACAGUACCUUUUAAAAAGGUUCAAAGGCUGAACAGAUUAACAGUAAAAACUAGAGGAAAGAAUAUUAAGGCAUCAGUUGUAUUGCUUUUGAUAAGAGGUGUUUUCUUGGCAGUGAGUUUUCCAAUGUUGCAGGACAUCAAGCCUUUAAACUGUCUGUCUGUGUGUUUGUUGUCCGUACACUUCACUAGUGAACAGGUUUUACGGUUAAAAUAAAAUAAAUGAGGAAUAUUGCCUUCAAUAAAAGUCAUAGUAGUAGACUAGUGCAAAACCCAACAGGAAGCCUGUGUAUCUGUUAAAGCUCUGU